CUUUGCUUCUGCAGUGAUCACUUGCCACACGGAGUUUUACGAAGCGCGUGCGAACACCGCUGUGCGACGGGUUUCCACCCCUCCGCUCCCGUCCCAUCGGCCCCGUCGUUUUGAAGCUACUUGCCACACACCCUUAGUAGUAAGGCUUCAUCGUCCUCUCGUUACAAGAACAGAUUGUCAGUAAGGGCUCGUCUUUCUAACGAGCGGUUAGACUACCCAGUUAGUACGACCCUCGCGUCCUAUCCUCCUCAUGGAAUGCCGCUCGCGGUCAUCAUUACGACGCCAUCGCCAUCAUUACCAUCAUCAUUUUCAGCAAUAUUACCACCCUAAUUAUCAUCCUCUCCAAAGUCGGUCGCGGCAACCUCUCCCACUCUCGCGCUUCCAUCUACCACUGCUGCUGCUGCUACCCUUAGCAUGCCUUUCGCGUCCCCCCAGGAAGCCGCUGCGCGUCCCUCGCUGGCGUCGCGUUCCGAUUCUGCUGGGCGCCAUCAUGCUCGCAGGGGCCAUGCCGUCUCGCCUGCCCGCCGGCACCGGCGGCGGCAGCGGCGUUAACGCGCAGGCCAUAGCACCAUCGCAAGAGAGAGUGUUGGCGGAGUGUGAGCGGCAGUGGGGCACGACGCUCGAGGGGUGGAGGCGGGAAGACGAGUGCGCAGAGGCGCAUGGGCUCACGUGCGAUCGCGAUGGCAUGAUCACCUCUUUGAGGGUGGCACUGCAACAUGGUGGCUCGUUGGGCUCCAUACCUGUGACCAUCGGCAACCUCACUCAGCUCACAUACCUGUCUCUGACGAGCAAUGGUCUGACAGGCGCCAUCCCUCCCGUUCUUGGCUCGCUCACACUCCUCGACACCCUUGACCUGAGCCACAAUAACCUGUCAGGGCGCAUACCUGCCUCCCUGCAACACCUUGACAGACUACGCACCCUCAAUCUGAGCAGGAACCAUUUGAGUGGUGCCAUCCCGUUGGCAUUAUCUGAACGCCUCACCGACCUCACACUACUGGACCUGUCGUUUAAUCGGCUGUCGGGAUUCAUACCGCCGUCUCUCGCCUCGCUCACCAGGCUCAAGCUCCUCAACAUAUCAGGCUCAGGCAUCUCCUGUCCUCUCCCCUCCUCCUCCUGCCAGCCCCCUCCCCCUCCCUCCUCCGCCUUCUGUCGUCUCUGCCCAGCGUUCUGCUCCUCCUGCCCCCCUCCUCCCGCACCCUCCCCUCUCCCCAACCUCCCACCAUCACCAGCAGCAGCACCAGAACCAUCAUCAAAACAACAACCACCGCAACAACAACAACAAGCGCCAGCAUCAGCACCAGCACCAGCACCAGCACCAGCACCAGCACCAGCACCAGCACCAGCACCAGCAGUACCACCAUUGCUCGCCCCACAGCCCCAACCACCAGAGCCAGUGACCUCAUCGCUGCACUCCCAGUCAGCGUACCCCCUGCCGCCUCCCCCGGGCCCUCCUGUGGCCCCAGAGGACCCCCUGCGCACCUCGGGCGUGAGCACCACGGCCAUCCUGGCCAUCGUGGGCGCUGCUGCCGCUGCCAUGCUGCUAGCCGCCGUGGUGUGGUGGCGCUGUGGCGGACAGAAGCAGCAGCCGGCGCGCACCAACAGCUCAUCAAGUGUGUCGCGCUCAGCCAAGAAGCGCCUGGUGCCGGCGAGGGAGUUCUCCCCGGACGAGCUGUGCCGCGCCACCAGCAGCUGGGCGCCGGAGUGCCUCAUUGGCUCGGGGGGCUUCCACGACGUGUACCGAGGGGUGUCCCCGCACGACGGGUGCACGCUGUGGGCUGUGAAGCGCGCCAAGGUGCUCAGCAACGACUUUCAGAAGGAGAUAGCUCAGAUGUCUCCCAGGAGCCACCCCAACGUGGCUCGCCUCCUGGGGUACUGCAAGGCGGCUGCAGUGGACGGCACGGCUGGCAGCUCCAGCGCGCGCAUGGAGCAGAUCCUCGUGUACGAGCUCGUGCCCAAUGGGGGCCUCGACCAGUGGAUCGGGGAAGACUGCCGCACGCCACUCACCCUGCUGCAGCGCCUGCACAUCCUGCUAGGGGCCGCCAAGGGGCUGGCCUACCUGCACCGGUUUGGGAUUGUGCAUUGCGACAUCAAGCCAGCCAACAUUCUGCUGGAUACUAACAUGCAGGCGAAGGUGGCGAGCUUAGGCGUGGUGAGGGUGGGCGAGAGCAGCGUGGUGAGCUUUGUGGACCCGCAGUACGCGGAGACCAUGCAGGGCAGCAUGGCCAGCGACGUGUACAGCUUCGGCCUCGUCAUCCUCGCCACUGUGGCCAGCCAUGCUGUCCUCUUGGGGGAUGAAUUCCAGACCAACACGCUGCGAGCGGUAACCAACUGUGUGGCCAGUGGCGAGGCGAGGAGCUUGAAGGACCCGGACAUGGAAGCCCCUGAUGACAUCGUCACGCGCAUCCUCCAACUUGCUCUCGACUGCUGCGCUGCCAACGCCUCACAUCGCCCUGCCAUGCCUCUGGUUGUGAAAGCGCUCAAGGAUCUGCGGGGGGAGUUGCUGGGCACUAGUUUGAAUGGGAAUGGGAUCACUCACUCGGAGAUUGAGCAAGGACUAGGUGCGCUACAACGGCAGGACAAUAGGGCCAAGGCAGUAACAAUAAGGAUUUCCGAUGAAGAUGGAUUGAUUACAAUCGAGCAUGCAAGGCCUGAGUCGUAGGUGCCGUUUUUGUGUUUGUUUUUAUGUUUUUAUGUAUAGAUUUGCUUUCAUGUAUAAAUGCCCUUUGCUCAUAUAACGUGCAACAUAUUGUUUUGAUGUAAGUGUACAUGG